CUUGGGCCCGGUUUUUUUUUUUUAAAACCUGGAAGGGCAGAAUCUGUUCGUAUCCUUUCUGACCUCCCAGGCAAAUUCCAUGUUUUCCAGAUUUAGGAGACUUUGGAAAGGUGGGGCAAAUAGAAUGGAGAUGGCAAAGAUCUCUUUGGGUGUAUAUGGGCCUGGCGAAGUAAUGGAGUAAUUUCUAAUUUUUGGAGAAGGCAAGUGGUGAGAAAAAUGACAACUGGGGACAUUCAGAGGCUUUGUUUCUGUUUCAGUGUCUUUCUGGGUAGAGAGAUGAGAAGCACCCUGGGGUCUCUGGGGGAAGAGAAGUCUGGUGUGAGUUAAAUCAUUCCUUCUCCCCUCUGAAUUCUAGCCCUCAUGCCGGGAUGGCAGAUGAGCCCGAUGCUAAGAGCCCCAAGGCCAGGGGCAGGCCCCCCCCAGGUGGUGUUGAGGCUGGGGAACCUACCACCCUUCUUCAAAGGCUCCAAGGUACCAUUUCCAAGGCCGUGCAGAACAAAGUAGAGGGAAUCCUGCAAGAUGUACAGAAAUUCUCAGACAACGACAAGCUAUAUCUCUACCUUCAGCUCCCCGCAGGACCCAGCACUGGAGACAAAAGUUCAGAGCCGAGUACACUCAGCAAUGAAGAGUAUAUGUAUGCCUAUAGGUGGAUCCGCAACCACCUAGAAGAGCACACUGAUACCUGUCUGCCAAAGCAAAGUGUUUAUGAUGCCUAUCGGAAGUACUGUGAGAGUCUUGCCUGUUGCCGCCCACUCAGCACAGCCAACUUUGGUAAAAUCAUCAGAGAGAUCUUCCCUGACAUCAAGGCCCGAAGGCUUGGUGGCCGGGGCCAGUCCAAGUAUUGCUACAGUGGCAUACGAAGGAAGACCUUGGUAUCUAUGCCACUCCUGCCUGGACUUGACCUAAAGGGUUCUGAGAGUCCAGAAAUGGGCCCAGAAGUAACCCCAGCACCUCGAGAUGAACUUGUAGAGGCAGCCUGUGCCCUGACCUGUGAUUGGGCAGAGCGAAUCCUGAAACGGUCCUUCAGUUCCAUUGUUGAGGUCGCCCGCUUCCUACUACAGCAGCAUCUCAUCUCUGCCCGAUCUGCACAUGCCCAUGUGCUUAAGGCCAUGGGGCUUGCUGAAGAGGAUGAACAUGCCCCUCGGGAACGGUCAUCUAAAUCCAAGAAUGGUGUAGAGAACGUAGAGGGUGGAGCCCAUAAGAAACCAGAGAGACUGGCCCAGCCUCCUAAGGAGCUGGAAGCCCGGGCUGGGGCUGGCCUUCCAGCACGUGGAGAGCGGAAGAAGAAUGUAGUCGAGAGCUCGGCCCCGGCAGCCAAUAACCCACAGGUUAAUGCACUAGUGGCCCGGCUGCCUCUGCUGCUUCCCCGGGCCCCUCGCUCACUUAUUCCGCCAAUCCCAGUCUCUCCACCCAUCCUGGCCCCCAAGCUUUCUUCAGGUGCCCUGAAAGUGGCUACACUGCCUCUGUCCAGUAGGGCUGGGGGACCCCAAGCAGCUGUUCCCAUCAUUAACAUGAUCUUACCAACUGUUCCUGCUUUGCCUGGACCUGGGCCUGGGCGAGCUUCACCUGGGGGACUCACUCAGCCCCGGGGCACGGAGAACAGGGAGGUAGGCAUAGCUGGUGACCCAGGACCUCAUGGCAAGGGUGUCAAGAGAACAGCUGAAGUACCUGUGAGUGAGGCCAGUGGGCAGGACCCACCAGCUAAAGCAGCAAAGCAGGAUAUAGAGGAUGCAGCAAAUGAUGCCAAAAGAAAACGGGGGCGCCCUAGAAAAAAGUCAGGUGGAAGUGGGGAAAGGAAUUCUACCCCUGAGAAGUCAGCAACUGCCAUGGACUCUGCCCAGCAGUCUUCAAGGUUACCAUGGGAGACAUGGGGCUCUGGAGAGGAAAGCAACUCAGAUGGAAGGUCAGAGAGGCCAGGGCCAAUGGGAGAGGCUGAGAAGAGGGCAGUGCUUGCCCAAGGUCAGGAAGAUGGUGCUGUUUCCAAAGGAGGAAGGGGCCCCAGUUCCCGGCAUGCCAAAGAAGCAGAAGAUAAAAUUCCUCUUGUCACUCCAAAAGUGAGUGUCAUCAGGGGCAGUAGAAGCCAAAAGGAGGCUCUUCAGUUGGUAAAGGGAGAGAUAGACACUGCAGCACAGGGUAAUAAAGACUUAAAGGGGUAUGUGCUUCAAAGUUCCUUAUCCCGUGAGCAUAAAGACCCCAAAGCAACACCCCCAUAAUAGAUCUUGUGGGGAAUAGUGUUUAUAUCCAUAUGUUAACUACCUGUAUGCCUAGAAGAGGCCCUUCUCUGCACUUGCUUCUCAUUUGGCUGUUCUUUUUCUAAGGGAGUCCAUUCUCCUUUGUAUAGACAGCUGAGUCAUCCAGUUUUACAUAUUGCCUGGUUACUGCCUGUGACCUUUCCAGCUUGAUACCCUUGGCUUUAGUGUAACCAAUAAAUCUGUAGUGUCCUUAACUGGAUGGAUCCCUGUGCUAUCCUGUGGGAAGAUAGGGAUGGGGUAAGUAUGAUGAAUGGAUAGGUUAGGGAUCUUUUGGUUUGAAAUCAUAGAAAACCUAACUCAAGGUAUCUUAAAAUAAAAAGGAUUUAUUGGCUCAUGUAACUGGAAAGUCCAGAGGUAGUGCUGGUUCCAGGUGAAGCUUGAUCUAGUGUCUCAGUAUGUCUCUAAAUACCUGAUUGAUUUUUUUCUCACUGCUCCACCUUCUGUAGGAUCAUCUUAAGGCUGGGCCACCUCAUGGGUGCCAACUCUUCUAGUAUUACUUGUUUCCCCAUUGUCCAACCAGAAAAAAAGCAUCUUUUCUGUGCCAGGAGUUCUAGCAAAAGCCCUAAGAUUCAUUCUGAUUAGGCCAGCCUGGGUGACAUGUCCACCCCUGACCAAUCACUGUGGCCAGGAGGAUUGUAUAUGCUAAUUUGCUUAUUCUAUAUCAUGGACUACACCUUUGGGAAAAAGGAUGGGAUCAGUCUCCUCAGAACCAUAUUGAUUCCUGAAAUGGAAACUGGGAGAGGGGAGUUGCUGGGGAGGCAGCUGACACCUGGCUACCACUAUGAAGUACAUGUGGUUUCACCCUGCUAGGUAGUGAUCAGUUAGAACUGCUUCCUUUUUUCCUGUCUUGCAUUUCCCUUACUGCAGCUAUAACCCCUUUCUUCUUGUUCUAGUCUCAGAAAGAAGAAGAGGGAAGUCUCUCCUGUAGGGACUCUCUUCAGUCUUUAGAUGACAAUCUACUGUUUCCCCCCAUCUACAUUUCAGAGAUGGAAUUCCUUCCUUUUCCUGUUCCUGAAUUUUCAUUUUCUCCUCAUUCCGGCUUCCCUAUCCCCUAUCCUAUUGCCACUUCUACCAAUGAAAGUGAAAGAUUUACUUCCUAGUCAUUUCAUUAAAUUCAUUCUGUAUCCACCAGGUGUCAGUCUCUCGUCAUACACAUGUCAGGAUUUAGCCAAGACGGGUUUAUGCUACAUGUAUAGAAAGGAGUAGUUUUGCGUGUCAGGGAGCACCAGUGGGAAGGGAAUCCAGACCCUCCAGGUGUGUCCUUGGGGAAAGCGGUAAACCAAUAUUUAUUGAGGACCUACAUAGGGUAGCUUCUGUCAGGGAAUCUUGGUUCUUCCCAAGAAAUACAGAUUUUCUUUCAGGGAGACUUCAUUCAUUUGUUCAUUUAUUUCCACCACAGCAAAUUUUUUAAAAUUAUAAUAUGUAAUAUUUGAUAACUAUAAAGAAUAUAUGUAACUUGAAUAAAUUAUGAAGCAUAAUAAUAAAAUGAGUAUACCUAUGACCCCAUCAUUCAAUUUACACAUUAAAACAUUAGAAAUA